AUGAAAACCAUUUCAACUAUCGUAUUAUUGGUGUGUGUAUUUGUCACAUAUGUUUCAACUGUUCAAAUUGGUUCAUUUAAUUUACAUCAAUAUGGACCUACGAAAGCAGCAAAUGCUACACUGACAGGUUUUAUAGUUGAUAUUCUUAAUGAUUUCGAUGUGGCUAUUCUCCAAGAAAUUACUGAUGUUACAGUACAAGCUCCAUAUGUUUUAUAUGAAGCUUUAAAUAAUAAAUCAAUUCCAAAUCUAUAUACCAUGGCAUUAAGUGCACGUGUCGGACGUUCAACAUCAAAAGAACAAUAUAUAUUUUUUAACCGUGAAUCAACAUCAGGUGUUAAACUUAUUAAUUAUUAUCUAUAUGAUGAUCUUGAAGAUCGUUUUGAACGACCACCUUUUAUUGGCACAUUCCAAGUGACUGGAAAUGGUACAUCAGGAGUGACAUAUUUUACUAUAAUGAACCUUCAUUCAAAACCUACUGCUGCUUAUCAAGAAUUUCUCAAUAUGCGGUAUGUUAUAGAAGAUUUUAUUCUUAAAAAUGCUCAAUAUUUUAAUGAAACAUCAACGUCAUUAGCUGAAGCUUUAGAAGAAAAUGUAAUAAAUGCAACAAGUACUAAUAAACCAAGUUUGAGAACAAAUCAUCCUAUAUUAAUUAUGGGUGAUUUAAAUGCCGAUUGUUCAUAUAUUUCACUCACACGGCAAAAGUCACUUCGUUCUGUUGAUUAUGCUGAUUUUGUAUGGAUGAUUAAUAAUGAAAUUAAAACAAAUACAAGACAAACAUGUACAUAUGAUCGUAUUCUUGUUAAUGGUGACAAGUUUUUUAAUGCUAUUGUAUCAGGCAGUAAUAUGACAGUAAAAUUUCAACAACGCUUUAAUAUAACGUUGGAUCAAGCACUUGAUAUCAGUGAUCAUUUUCCGGUUAAAUUUGAUAUCAACUGGUAA